GCAGGUAUCUCGAAAAGGAUAUCACGGUCCGGGAUUAUUAACGUCAAGGCGAUAAAGCACGGCCUUGAGGGCAGCACCAAGUCCCACUCGUUCUCAUUCCUACCGCCACCAACGCACAGACCGCCCCCUUCUCCUCAACACUUUCAGAUUUCUGCUCUACACUGUAAUCGACAGUCAUCAUGGACGACGAAGUCGAGUAUUUGGGCACAAACCUUGCUGCACCAGCUGCUUGCCCCUGUGACCCACAGCAACCGGUGACGGGUAUUACUCUACACGUCAAGUCGUGCGGUGGAAAGCCCGCUCAUAAUAUUUCCUUCUUCAAUACUCGCACCUCCCAUGUGCACAUCGGCCGCAAAUCAAUCUCAGAUGAUAGGUCUAUGAGGAAAGAGAAUGACGAUCAGAAUGCUGUAUUUGCAUGCCCCGUAGUCAGCGCAAAGCACGCCAAACUUGUGUUGGCCUCCAGCGGCCACGUGUAUAUUGUUGAUCUCAAGUCCCGCCAUGGAACGCAUUUGCGGAAGCAAGACGAAACAACAUCUAGGAUGUUGCAGCCUGAUGUGGAGACCACCCUUACUGAUGGCGAUGAAUUAACGUUUGGUAAAGCUGUGGGGCAAGGCGCUACCCUUGUUUCUCCGGUCACAGUCCGUAUCGAGUUUCUGCGCGAUAUCUUGGAUAUGCGCGAUUCGCCUCCAUGGUGUCUAACUCACGCAGAGUCUUCGAGUCCUCGCCCUCGAAAAUUAAGCACCGGGCGCUAUGGUCUUAACAGUCCCAUUUCAUAUACUUCUUCCCCAUCUCAUUCAUCUGAGUCCCUUUCCUCUUCGCCGUCGGGCUCGUCCAACGAGGCCGUUGAGCAUUCAGAGCAUGAUUCUGAUAUAGAAGAGAUACCGUCUUGGGAGGAACUUCGUUCCUGCGUUUCAUCCCUGCGCCAAGACUUUCCUGCAGACUUUCUGAGUGGUUCAUUGCUCGGAAAGAUCCCAUCGCUCGGGUCAUUGAUGCAGGAUAUCUGCCAUAAGAUCGCGGACCCCCUUGACAUAGAUUCUCCCCAGCCUUGGACUCCUCCGUCCAUCGCGGCCAUUGCGGUCAUUGAUGAUGAUGAUGCACCAUCAUCUGUCCACCUUCCGGGCUCGCGGUCUCAUUCUCCCAUGGAGCUCUCCACGCCAUCGCCAUCGCCUCCUGAGGCCCCUGAGGAGCCGGAAGUCAUUGGCGCAUGGCCACUAUCGCGGGCUGACUCCACGCAGCCCGCUUCACGUCGCUCGGUUGAGUCGAACAGAGUCAAACUUCCGUCGAUGUGCUCAUUUGGACACAUGGGAUCCCUUGAACCAGGAUCAUUUGAGAACUUCCCGGAACGGCUCCCCUCGCUUUCUAAUUUCCCGCCGUUUACGCCGCUGGAGGAUGAAACGGCCAUCCUAGCACCCAUACCUGCCCUGCCCUCCAACGUCGAGGUGCGAUCGUCGGAUGAAGCGCAGAACGUCGGCCAUGACGACCGUGAAGAUCUGCGCGGUUCCAUCAAGACCAUCGAGGAUCGGGUAAAUGUGCUGCAUUCCAGCGUUACUGACAUCAAGAAUCGCCAUGCUUUGACAGAGGACGACCUUUAUGACCUUCAGCAUCAAGUUGACAUGCUCGAACCCGAAUCUGACCAACUUUUUGCACGCUUGGAGGCUGCAGAAGACAAGCUAUCUACUCUGUCAGACCUACAGGAACAGGUCUCUGAGUUGCAAUCAAAGAUUGAUGCGGACAAGCUUGACACGGCUGUGUCGCCCAUGACAGAUGUCAAGGCUUGCGCCGACGCUCUCAAUGCCUUGGUCAUCGAAAUGAAGUCGCUACGCGAGGAGACCGAAAAACGAGUAGAGGAGCGAAUUCAAACGAUUCAGACAGCUAGGACGGAGGCACUGUCUGUGAUCGCUGCAGAAGUAGAGACUUUUAAAUCACUUAAGCGCAAGCACUCCGAGAUUGAAGCUGCUCCUCCCCCAGUCAAGAUGGACAUUGCGAUGGCAGCCCCAGAGGCGGUCGUGGAAUCUAAAUCACUGGUCGAAGAAAACAGACAGGCCAAACGGCCCAGGAGGAUAAUGACAUCCAUCGCCCACACUGCAACGGCCGUUGCAGUUGGUGCAGUUGCCACUUGGUCUGCCCUCGCCUUCUCGUGAAGGAGCUUUUCAGAAGAAUUCUCAUACUACAAUUGCUGAAAUGCGUAAUUGAUUCUUGGUUUUUGUACCACCAUUACUUCAUGAUGUUUCAAUGUUUGUAUUUUCCUUCGUACGCUGUACGUUAUUGUAGGUUUUGUACCGAUUACACGUCGAACAAUGUAUCAGGUUCCCUAUCAGCAU